AUGUCUCCAAUUCCCACCGCACUCAUCACAGCAGGCAGCGCAGGCCUCGGCGCCGCAACCGCCAGGCUCUUCGCCAGAAAUGGGUACAACGUCGUCGUAAACUACGCCAACAACAGCGAACGCGCAGAGGUCCUCGUCAAGGAGCUCGAGUCUCUCUCGCCUAUAGACGGGGGCCAGCGGCGCUUCAAGGCCAUCAAGGCGGACCUGUCCAACCGGGUCGAGACGACCGCUCUCGUAGAGCAGGCCGUCGAGGCGCUGGGGGCGGGCCGCCGCCUCGACGUUCUCUUUUCUAACGGCGGCUGGACGAGGCUGCGCAACAUCCAGGACCUCGACGACAACAUCGACGAGGAUGAUUGGGACCGCUGCUUCAACAUGAACGUAAAGUCGCACCUGUUCCUCAUGCACGCCGCGCGGCCGUACCUCGAUGCGGCAGAGGGCGCCUUCAUCACCACAGCGUCUCUGGCCGGCGUCAAAGUUAGCGGCAGCUCACUGGCUUACGCCGUGACGAAGGCCGCCCAGAUCCACCUCGUAAAGGGCCUCGCGGUAGCAGCGGGCCCAAGAGUGAGAGUGAACAGCGUCUCUCCAGGCCUCAUGUUGACGGACUGGGGACUGCAGUUCCCGGAAGAGAAGCAGCAGGCGAUCCGGGACAGAACGCCGCUCAAGCGCCUCGCCACGGUCGAGGAUGUUGCCGACCAGGUGCUGUGCUUCGCCAGGAGCAGCAGCGUCACCGGCGCGAACGCCGUCAUUGAUGGGGGCCUCAGUAUUUGA